GUUGAAAACACAAAAAUGACUUCUCCCUGAUGAUUUCCAUGACAUAACAGUUGAACAUUUGACAAGCAUUUAAAUUAAGAAUAGUCGGAGUUGAGGAACUGCACGUAGUUAUAGUUUGAGUGUGUGAAUUACUAUCGUCAAGCAGACUAGGAAAGUACAACAAAAAGAAUGAUUUCAAUGGAACCACAACUUUGUUUCGUCAGCCUCCAUAGUGGGAACUAAUUUGAUUUCCUGUUAACAAGAGAUUAAAAGCUGAGGGGAGCACACAGCAGCAGUUCAUUCACUGCAGCAGUACAAGUCAUGGCUAAUCUCAAUAUUGCAUUGCAGUACUCAGGCAUCAACUUCCCAGGACACCUACAUACGCUGCAGUCUAUGCACUAUGCUGAGGAGUUCAAGUUUCAUGACACAGAUAUUCUGAUUGUUACGUACCCCAAAUCAGGUACAACGUGGAUGCAGGAAAUUCUCACACUUAUUUGUAGUGAUGGAAACCAGGCCCCUGCUAAAACCAUUCCUAACUGGAUUCGAACACCAUGGAUUGAACAUUAUUAUUGUGAGGACAUUCUGCAGGACAAGCUAGAUAAUCGAAUUAUUACCACUCACCUACCUUUUCACAUCCUCUCCAAGUCCCUCAAACAAUCUAAUACAAAGGUAAUUUAUGUUGCAAGAAAUCCAAUGGACAUAGUUGUUUCAUUUUAUCACUUCCAUAAAAUGGCAAAAUUCCUGCCAGAGCCUGGAACGUUUGGGGAAUUUCUCGAAAAAUUUCUACUUGGAAAAGUACAUUUUGGAUCAUGGUUUGAACACAUAAAAGACUGGCUAAGUCACAGAGAAGAAUUCAACUUCUUGUUUAUAACCUAUGAGGAGCUGAAGAAGGAUCUUAGAUGCUCUGUUGAAAAGCUCUGCAAAUUUUUGGAACGUUCUCUUUUGCCAGAUGUUGUGGACACAAUUGUAUGGCACUGCAGUUUCACAAACAUGAAAGAUAAUCAAAUGAUUAACUACACACUUGUUCCUAAUGAAAUUAUGGACCAUCAAAGAGGCAAAUUCAUGAGAAAAGGUAAAGUCGGAGACUGGAAGGAACAUUUCACAGAAGAACAGAAGCAACACUUUGAGAAGGUUUUCCAGGAGAAAAUGAGGGAUAUGGACAUUCGGUUUAUCUGGAGUUUAUAACUCCUACAAUCAGGACAGACAAUUGUUAUUUAAGUAGCUUAAUAAGUAACCAUAACACUCAUUUAUAGUUCCUUUGUGUGUGUUGAAAAGGCUCCAGUGAACCAUUUCAGCUGUUUGUAAAACAUGUAACAAUGCAUUGCGCUGACAAUGCAUACAGGUAAAGAUAUUUUAAUUCAAUUUGAUGUUCUCUUAAAUAUGCAUUAAUGAGAGAAUCAAAAAUCAGUAGUUAAGGAAGCAUUUAAUGUCAUUGAGGCCUAAUGUACUUUUCUCUCAACGUAAUGGAGCAAAGUAAUGUUUAAUCAGUACAAAACAUGACUAUGCUCCUCUGGAAAUACCACCAUUGGCAAAGAGCAGGACGUUGCAAAUCAGCAACAUUUUAGUGAGCCGAACUCAAGGGCAAACUGGAGGCCUAAAUUACUGCAGUCACAAGUGAAUUUAAAUAGCUAUCCAGCUUAGUUUUAUUUUGCAGAUUUUUUUUUACAAUGUGCAGUUACUGAUUAACAGAUGUUUCUAUUUAUUCCAAUAGUCAUAAUUAAGACUGACUUUAGCAGAUAUGAGUUCAUGGGUCAUUAUUAACAUUAAUAGGUAAAGAUCAUCAGUAAUCAUUCUGACAAGUAUGAUUAUCCACCUAAUAACUUCACAUCUUACCGCAGUUAGGCAGUAGUGUGGGGGAAAUAAUAAUAAAGUAGUUUUUCACUGAUUAAAAAAAACAGGAAUGUCCACAUGACGUUCUGGCUUAGUUGGUUAAAAAAAGAGAAGAAAAAAAUUGUUGGUAAAAAAAAAAUUAACUUCACAUCACUAGUCGCAGGUUCUGGGGGUCCUUGUGGGGCUGAUCAGCGUGAGCCUAGAGUCACGUCUCUGAUGACACAUUUCGCAGGUGUUUCUGGGAGGAUGGAAUUGGUGCUUUUUGCCUUCGAAACCUGGAGGAGGAAUGGCAGUGAUCCUAUUUAUUAUUUCCUCUUGCCAGUGUUCUCAAAGAAUUGUUUCCCUUUUUACAGAAGAUUCCUCUGAGUCAGUAUUUAUUUCCCCCCCGAGUGAGGGUCUCCCAUGUAGUGGCAUCUGUGUUACAUUUCUUGAGGGAAGCCUUCCUUUGUCCUCCUCUCAUUUGAUUGACUUCCUUGACGGAGCAAAGAGGAUUUGCUUUCAGGGUCGGAACUUAGGCAUCUGAAACACAUGGCUGGCCCAGUAGAGUUGGUUUAGCCAUGUGCUGGAGCCAUAUAAGACGACAAGGACAACUGCCUUAUACACAAAAAUCUUGCGUUAGUGUUGAUGUCACAAUUAGAGAUGUUCAUCCAUAGUCAUCAGAUGAUGAGGCUUGUGGAUUGGAUAUAGCAUUGAGUCUCUACAUCAUGUUAGCUUUAAGUGAGAGCUGGCUUCCCAAGCAGGGGAAGCAUUCUACAUUUGAGACCAUUUCUCUACUGACCUUAAUGGAGUGAAAGGCCAGAAGUUGCCCUGGGAUAGGUUGUACAAUAUGGUAUGCAAGAGAUGACAAAUAUCUAGCUUACAUUUUACUCUUGGCUGAAUUAAUUUCUCAGUCUGUUACCUCUACUGGUGAGGAAAUAAGCCCUGGGUUUCCUGCCUGUUAGUUGCCAGUCAUCUCUGAUGAUGAAUGAACAUUUGGACUUAUCAAUACAUCUGACACUUGAGGACUGUUGUGCCAUAGUGGUUAUGUCCCUCCCUGAGCCAGAAGUCCUGGGUUUAAGCCCCUUUACCUGCAGAGGUGUGCCAUACACAUCUAGACAUGUUGCUUUAAAAAUACCAGACUUCCAUUUGACAAUCUGCACUCUCAGAAUGGCUACUUGUAAGUACCACUGGGACAACUGUCAAAAUACCAACUUCAAAAUGGGGAGAAAGAGAAGGAAUUUUUGGAAAAUGGAAUUGAAAGGGACUUAUAGUGGCCAAAAAGAGAACCAAUCGGAAGAGACAGACUGUAAAAUAACAGAGGAACAGGGGGAGAUAAAUAAAAGUUCCUUUAGCUACCAUGCAUAUUUACAGGAUGUUAAGGAUUCAGUUUACAACUAUAAAAGUCAAGCUUUAUUUUUAAAUAUCAGGACAAUUUACUUUUUAAAAACAGUAUAAACAAGCUUGUUGUAAUUAUGGUUUAAUGCUGAAGGGCUUUAGGAGUUGGUGAUGCCAUCACUAUAUGAAUCUGCUUAUUGUAUAAUAAAUUCUCAAACUCUAGGUGUGGCUAGAUUGUUCAAAAUAUUGCAUAUAGUUUGUAAAUGAAGUGGGUAUGAACUUUUUAAGAUGGUUGAAUGCCAUAAAAAAUUAUUAAAACCCCUUUGCAUUUGAAAAUGGUAGAUUUUGAAAAAAAAACUUGUCACUAAACUGGAAGAUUGAACAAUAUCAACUAAAAUCCUGAACUUAAAAUUUUACCAAGAUUUUA